CUAUAAAUAAUUUGCCUGCUACCAAUAACCCCAUCAACUUUUUCUGUUCCAAAAGGAGAAGUUAAGGUGGCAUUUCCUUGAGUUCCAUGGAGCUAGGAUUUUCCUCUACUCUUUUACUUGUUUUCUUUUUCUUGUUCAUGAUAGCUACAAUAUUGAAAGGAAAAAAGGCCAAAAACACCACUGUAAAGCUACCUCCAGGACCCUGGCAACUACCUCUCAUAGGGAACUUGCACCAGAUCAUAAGCCCUUUACCCCAUCAAAAGCUAAGAGGCUUGGCCAACAAGUAUGGACCUCUGAUGUGGUUAAAAAUGGGUGAAGUUCCUACCAUUAUAGUAUCAUCACCAGAAAUUGCAAAAGAGGUUCUGAAAGCUCAUGAUGCCAAAGUUUCCCAAAGACCUUCUCGUCUUUUUGCCAGAAUCAUCUCAUAUGAUUGUACUAACCUUAUUUUUGCACCACAUGGAAACUUCUGGAAACAAAUUCGGAAGAUUUGCAUGAUGGAGCUUUUGAGCACAAGCCGUGUCCGAUCAUUCCAACCAAUCAGGGAACAAGAGGUUUCAGCUCUGCUCAGAACCAUGUUCAUGAAUGAAGGAUCCUCGGUCAAUGUUAGUGAGAAAAUAUUUUCAUUGACAUGUGGCAUAACAGCCAGAGCAGCCUUUGGCAGGAAAAACAAAGACGAAAAGGAGUUCAUAAGGAUUGUUUUCGAGAUUUCGAAGCUCGCAAAUGGUUUCUGCUUGGUUGACCUGUAUCCUUCUAUCAAGUUUUUUAACUUGCUUAGUGCCACAAGGUAUAAACUUGAGAAACUACAUCAAGCUUCCGACAGGAUACUUGAAAACAUUGUCCAGGAACACAAAGAGAGGAGAAGUUUACAGACGUCAAGCACUAGCAAUGAGCAUGUAGAGGAAGAUCUGGUUGAUGUCCUUCUUAAGCUUCAACAGAAUGGUAACCUUGAUUUUCCCCUAACAAAUGAUAACAUAAAAGCAAUAAUCCAGGACAUUUUUGCAGCUGGAAGUGAGACUUCGUCAACAACUGUAGAGUGGGCAAUGUCGGAAAUGAUCAAAAACCCUAGAGUGAUGAAGAAGGCACAAGAUGAAGCAAGAAGGGUUUUCAAUGAAAGAGGAAGAGUGGAUGAAUCCGGGAUCCAUGAGUUGGAAUAUCUAAGCUUAGUAGUUAAAGAAACCUUGAGAUUGCAUCCUUCCGCUCCUCUUUUACCAAGGGAAUGUCGUGAAGAUUGUGUGGUUGAUGGGUACGAAGUACCUGCUAGGACCAAUGUCAUUGUAAAUGCAUGGGCAAUCGGGAGAGAUCCCAGGCAUUGGAAAGAAGCUGAGAAGUUCCAUCCUGAAAGGUUCUUGGAUACUUCUAUUGAUUUCAGGGGAUUAGAUUUUGAACUCAUCCCAUUUGGUGCUGGAAGAAGGAUAUGUCCAGGAAUAUCAUUUGCUCUGCCUAAUAUUUUGUUGCCACUGGCACAAUUGUUGUAUCAUUUUGAUUGGGAGCUCCCAAAUGGAAUGAAGCAUCAAGAUUUGGAUAUGACUGAAGAAUUUGGCAUAACUGUGACAAGGAGAAAUGAUUUGUUCUUAAUCCCCAUUUCUCAUCAUCAUAUUCCUUCUGAAGAGACUAUGCUAUACUAUUAAGCUAAGGUUUGGCUGGUUUGCUGAUGAUUAUUGUAAUAUGAUACCAUAUGUUAUAGACUACUUAGAAAACUUUCAAAGUCAAAGAUGUAAAAGGCUAGAGCUGCCAAACCUAUCCCUUAAUAAUGGGUAUAGAUUCUUCCACUCGACUCUAAUGUCACAUGUCCAUAGCUCGACCCAUUAUCUAUUCAUUCGUUUACGUAAUCACUUGCCUAAUCAUAUGAAUAUAUUUACUA